UUCAAAACUUAUAAAAACAACACAUUUUCAUAAAAACAUUGAAAUUUUAAAAAUUUAUUUUAAACUAAAAAGUGCGUUUUUCAAGCGAGUCAGCGURAGUUUCAGAACAAAGUUUACGAAAUCAGAUCGAAAACAGAAAUUUUCAACUAAAAAUACUUUGAAUUGCUGCGUAGAAGCUCAACUUAAAAUAAACAGUUAAAAAGUUUAAAGCUCAACUGAAAAAAGUUUGAAGCUCUGCURAAAAUAAACAGUUACAAAUAGCUUGAAAUUUUUGGAAUAAAAAAUUUUAUCAAAAAAUUCCAAAAAAAAAAAAAGCUUUUUGCAACACUUUCAAACUCGAAAAAUUGCAAAGCACUUGAAAGAUUGCUUAAAAAAUAAGCGAACGCCCUUUCAAUUGCACCGUGCCCCCAACGACCUUAGAGUUACAGACCCAUAUACAUUCCAUAACAAGUCUAGCGCAGAGUAAAUACAAGCGAGACCAGCAAAAGCAGCUGACAGACCGCUAUACGUGGGCAGAAGAAGAAGAAGAGACAGCAGCAGUAGCAGCAGCAGAAGCAGCUCAAGUGCAAAUAUCAAGCGACGCGUUCCAUAACCAAAUAGACGCCUUAAAGUUGAAAGACACCAAUUGCCGUCACUGCCUAAUGGCAAGUUCGCUCAAUAAAACGAGACACAGGCGCAGAUUGACUGCGAUCUCGUUUCUAUCGAAUAUUUCAUUAGAUGGCACACAUCGGGAUACUAAAUUUGGAGCAACAAUUGGCAUUUGUGGCAACGCGGCUACAACGUACAACGCAACGGCAGCGGGAUUACAAAGUGGCGCAACGACUGGCGGCGGUAUCGGAUACGGCGGCAGCGGCGGCGGCAAACAGCAGCAUCAGCACCAACACUUCAACUACAAUCGCAAUAAUCGACAUCCACGGCAACAGCAGCAUCAACAGCAUUACCAUCAACAUCACUACUAUACGCAACAUCAUACGAAUGGCGCAGGUUGUAAUGUGGGUAACGGCAACGCCGGCGGCACUGGCAUGCCUUCGGCUGCCAUGUAUCUCGCCAAUUGCGAUGAUACGCACAUGGACCUCAUGGGCGACGGCGGUGGUAGUUGUUGUGGUGCUGGUGAAGGUGGCGGCGGCACUGGCAGCGAUGGCUGUGCCGAUAGUACCGGCAGCGCCGAUGGUGAUGGGCAUUUUAGUGAAAUUGAAAAUAUGGGUCAACACUUGAUAAAUGCACGGCCAGGCAACGCUUACAAGGGCGAUGGUGGUAAUACUAAAGCAACAACAGCAACUGUCGCAGCCAGAUCGACAGUCAAGCAUAUGGAUAAAUCCGCUGGUGACUACGACAUCAUCAGCGGCAGCGAUGGCGGCGGCGGCGGCAUCAGCGUUGGCGUUGGUGGUGGUGCAAGUGUGACUGAGAAGCGCAAUGUUAAGCGACCCACAUCGAGUAGUCGGCAACAGUGCAAUCAUAAUUGCAGGCAAACUUCUAAGCAUGGCACCAUGGGCAUUGCCAGCAAGCAACAGUUGGCCGGCGGUAGCGGCGGUUCGGGCGCCGAGAGCGGCAGCGAUUCGGAUAGCGUCAAAAUACCAAUGAAAGUUUCCAGUUUGGGUGCUGGCAUACUAAUGCCAUUGCGUGAAAGAACUUUCAGCAAUGGCGCCAACGAUGCCAAUAUCAUGCCGGAGCGUCGCGCCCGCCUCAAUACGGCACCGGGUAUGCGUAUCGGCGUCGGCGGCAGUGCUGGUGGCAAGCGACCGUGCAACAUUAUACACGGUUCCACGCACAUAACCGACGACAGCAGUACGGAGAGUUUGACGCCCGGCAGUUUUCCGGGCAGCUUUACUGGACGCGGCAGCAUCAGCAAGAGUGUGCAGAUCAACGAUGCUAAGGACUUACGUAUACUCAAUGCACAAGCGCACAAACAGCAUCAGUACAAGGAUGAGCGUGUGGUGUUGACGUCGCGUAAGGUGCCAUUCUUUAUAUUCUCGGCAUUGCCAUACUACAAGGGUAAAAAUGGCAGAGCCGAACUACGCAAGGAAGGUCGUCGACGCAAUCCAUCCGGUUCGCGUCCCCUAUCCGCAAUCAACGAUGCACCCUUCGAUCCAUUCGAUUUACUGGGCAUCGAAAAGGGUGAAAGUGGGCAGGAAAUCUCCUAUGGACAUCUACUCAUACCCACACGCCAUUAUGGCAAAGAGAGCAAGAGCAAGCAUGGCGGUGGCACUUCGGGCAACACAUCGCUAUUGGAUAGUCAAAUCGAAAUUACAAGUACGGCAGCACUUAAAAAUCACGGCAUCGCCAGCAUCAAGCGUGAAAUGCGUCGCAUCAACAAGUUGGACAGUCGCAUUGAUUUGGUCACCAUAUCGCAAGCAUAUGUCUACUUUGAGAAAUUGAUCUUGGCCAAUCUAAUCAACAAGAGUAAUCGCAAGCUAUGCGCAGGCUCUUGUCUGCUACUCAGCGCCAAAAUGAACGAUGUGAAAGGUGAAUCGCUGAAAAGCCUAAUUGAGAAAACCGAGAGUGUGUUUCGUGUCAAUCGCAAGGAGCUAAUCGCUUCGGAAUUCGCCGUACUUGUGGCAUUGGAGUUCAGCUUGCAUGUGCCCAUGCACGAGGUAUUGCCRCACUAUCAGCGUUUGCUCUACGAAUCCUAGAAUUGGCCAAAACGCUUUGCCGAAAAGCGCUUGGUAGCGGUGACAUCGCGUUAUUACUUUCGGCACCGCAAUAGCAGCAAGAAAUGAAGACGCAUGCGGCGCGAAGUAAAUAUGACAAUGUGAAAUGGAAUUUUAUAGGCGAAAGCGUUGGUUUGAACUUUAAUGUGUUUAACGAAUUGAUAUUCAAUUCGUUUGCGAGUCARCCAGCUAAAUAUGUCAGCUGUGUAAUGCACAAUGUGUAUGAAGGAGUUAUUGAAAUAUGGCAAUUUCSUAUAUAAGCGGAAGAAAAAACUAUAACAAAAUUAAAUUUAUGGAAAAAACUUUGGGAGUAAAAAAAUKUGACCACACAAUGAUUUUUAGCGAAACGAAAAUUUGUACUUAAAUGCUAAGUGAGCAAACAAAAAACAUUUUCAUAGCAAAUAAGUUAGCGAAAUAAGCAUUUUGAUUACAAAKUGUAACACUUUAUAAGAGCGCAAGUGAAAUUUAAAGUUUGCUGCAGAGAAAAACGAAGUUAUAUACAAUUAUUUUGUUUAAUAAGUAAUUUUUGACUUUAUUAUGACUACUUUAUAUUUUAUUWUUUUAAUUUUUAUGGCGAUUCGAUUAAAAUUAUUUUAUUUUUGUAGCUAUGUUUAUAUGUUUCAAGCUUUUACGGC